ACUUCUUCCCUUUUCUAAACCAUUUCUCUUCACUUUUCUAAUCGUCUGAUUGACCAAUCCCAAAUGGGUGGCUGUUUCAGCAAAAAGAAAGUCUCCUCCACCCAUAACAACCCUCAGCCUCAGCCGAAGGAGGUUCCUCUUUCUUCUGCAGUAGCACCGGUUGCGGCGGAGACCACCCUGAAAGCCGGAGCUGAGCCCAAGAGUCAACUGCAGGUAACUGAAGAAGAACACGUUGUGAAAGCAAGCCAAGAGAAGAGCUUGGUUAAGAAGGAGGUAUUCAUCAUAAAACACAGAAAGAGCCAUGACACAGACAAACGCUCCCCUCCUCCUCCUCCGCCGCAAAAUCCACCGCAGUCAGCAGAAAACGAGCCUGCUUCGUCUGCCUCCACUGAAGGAGGCAUCUGCAACAUCAAUACGUCUACCGUGAGGACGUCCAGCUGCACUAAAGAGGAAGUCGACGCUAUUUUGAUACAGUGCGGGAGGCUUAGCAGAAGCAACUCCUCGUGUAAAACGCCUUCAUCCAGGAAGUACUCAGGAUCCAAGAGAAGUUUCGAUUUCGAUCGCGAAAACGAAAAUGACAUCGGCGCUGCUACCUCCACUGAUUAUGGUUCAAGGAAGAAAGGAAAUGAGAGUUUACGUGAGAAUGAUGACCGCCCACGCCGCCGGCCAUCGAGCAGGUCGUCUUCUCAAGGAAGAAGAAGGACUCCAAGCAGAGAAAGAGAGCAACAGCAACGCUCGGGCAGCAGAGAAAGAGGUAGUAGCGGCAGCGGUGGUGGAAGACGAGUGAGCCGGUCUCCGGGAAAAAGAUCAGAGAACAGUGAAGGCACUCAUGGUACCAAUGCUGCCAAUGGCACUAACAGGCCCGGGAAGAUGGUCUCGGUUCCACCGACUGUUUCUUCAUUGGCAACGGAUAAGAGCAUAAACGGUGUAGAAGCUGCCACGACUACUGCAAAUGGUGUCAAAAGGAUAUCCGUGAAGAGGAAUGUCGGAGAGUCCCCUGCAAGGACCGCUGCUUCACCUCGCUCUCAGUCUCCUGCAAAGACUAACCCAAACCCUAAUAAUGCCAAAGGAUGCAACGAGAACCAGCAACAGCCUGCACUUAGUCGCAGUUCAUCGAGGAAAGCUGAGCAUUCGCCUUAUAGACGAAAUCCGUUGAGUGAGAUCGAUCCCAACUCACUAGCAUACCCCCAGUCGGUUGCCAACAAGGGACAAGUAGGAAUCAAGAAAUCGAAUGUUAAAGGCACGGCAAAGGAGUCACCAAUGGUUGAAGAUAGCAAGACGCAGGCAGCACCCAAGGCCGGAGCUGAUAAUCUGAAACCUCAAUCAUUGACGAGAAGCAGAUCCUCUAGGCGAUCGAGGGAGUUGGACUUGAAUCCAGAAACUUUGGUGAAUCCCAUUCCAUCGUCAUAUACAACGCUAUUGCUCGAAGAUAUUCAAAAUUUUCACCAAAACAACACCAAUCCUCCUCAGUUCUCACUCCCAGCGUGCGUUAGCAAGGCUUGUUCCAUCCUGGAAGCAGUUGCUGACCUCAACUCGACUACAAGCUCCAACUUCUCUGAUAAAAAAGGUCUACCAACAGAUAAUUCAAACAAGAAUGGCUACAACAUUAGUGCUGUCGGGCAGAAAAUGAAAGAAACCAGAGACCCUUUUGUCGAGUCGGAGGUAAUCGAAAGUGUUCACUUGAUGGAGCCAAGUUUUCACAAGUAUGUGACAGUUAGGAGAGGUGUUGAUGGUGCAGACAUGGAGGAACAAGAAUCAUCAGGAAGCAAUAGUAUUGUGUGCAGUGGGCAGCAGCAAUGGGGAUUUUCAGGUUCCUCCUCGUGGGAACCGAGUUCGGCAGAUUCGAUGGAUCGAUGGACUUCAAGCACUCCCCUGGGACACUCCAAAUGCAUGCGAUGACAUAAAAGGAUGGAUCGAUUCUUCACUAAAUUGCAACUUCAAUACAACCACCACGAUUGCAUUGUACACAUUCAAGCAGCGGUUUUAAAUUGUGAACUUUCUUGUGUUGGUGGUUGCUUACUUGCAACCACGAUUGCAUUUGAA